AUGCUGCAUGAGAUGCACAUUUUGACUGCGAUCAGCCACCCCUGCUUGGUGAACCUGUUGGGAGCGAAUCUGGAUAGGGAGCAGGAGCCUCUGUUUGUCACAGAGUUCAUGGAGGGCGGCGACGUGGAAACCUACAUGCACAAGCAGCGCCAGUCAUCGUACAACAAUUUCUUCAAGCCGCGAUUCUCGCUUGCUCUUCAGUGGGCAACCUCCACUGCAGAGGCCCUGGCCUACCUGCAUGGUCUGAAUCAUCCCAUAAUUCAUCGAGAUUUGAAGCCGCUGAACCUGCUUCUCACCAAAGACCUCCAAGUGAAGGUAACGGACUUCGGCAUCAGUAAGGUCCUCCCUUACAGGAACGGAUGCCUCCAAACCGACACAAAGCCGGCCCCGAAGAUGACGGGCGGCGUCGGCACAUGGCGCUACAUGGCUCCGGAAGUGGUCCGCUACGAGCAGUACACUGACCGGGUCGACAUCUACUCCUUGAGCCUUAUU